UUGGUGUUAUUCCGUCCCGCCCGCGCGGCGGUCGGUGCUCUGUCACCGCCCGCUCUGGUCAUGUCUUCAGCCAGUGGCUUGUAAAUUGGCGACCCGAUUUCCCGUCGCGGCCCUGGUCCUGAUGGCGGCGGCCGCGGCCCUGGCAGCGGCCGAUCCCCCUCCCGCGAUGCCGCAAGCGGCGGGAGCCGGAGGGCCCACCGCCCGCCGGGACUUCUACUGGCUGCGCUCCUUUCUGGCCGGAGGUAUUGCUGGAUGCUGUGCCAAAACAACAGUUGCUCCUUUGGAUCGAGUAAAGGUUUUGUUACAAGCUCACAAUCACCAUUACAAACAUUUAGGAGUAUUUUCUGCAUUGCGUGCUGUUCCCCAAAAGGAAGGAUACCUUGGAUUGUAUAAAGGGAAUGGUGCAAUGAUGAUUCGAAUCUUUCCCUAUGGUGCAAUCCAGUUUAUGGCAUUUGAGCAUUAUAAAACGGUAAUUACUACAAAACUGGGAGUUUCUGGUCAUGUGCACAGAUUGAUGGCUGGAUCCAUGGCAGGUAUGACAGCAGUUAUCUGUACUUACCCACUUGACAUGGUUAGAGUACGCCUAGCAUUCCAGGUGAAAGGGGAACACACUUAUACAGGAAUUAUUCAUGCAUUCAAAACAAUUUAUGCAAAGGAAGGUGGUUUCCUUGGAUUUUACAGAGGCCUGAUGCCCACUAUAUUAGGAAUGGCUCCAUAUGCAGGUGUUUCAUUUUUUACUUUUGGUACCUUAAAGAGUGUUGGGCUUUCCCAUGCCCCUACCCUUCUUGGCAGACCUUCAUCAGACAAUCCUAAUGUCUUAGUUUUGAAAACCCACAUAAACUUACUUUGUGGUGGUGUUGCUGGAGCAAUAGCACAAACAAUAUCCUACCCAUUUGAUGUAACUCGUCGGCGAAUGCAAUUAGGAACCGUUCUUCCAGAAUUUGAAAAGUGCCUGUGUCAUCAUUUAACUAUUGUCUUUCAGUACCAUGUGGGAGACUAUGAAGUACGUCUAUGGACACCAUGGAAUUCGAAGAGGAUUAUAUCGUGGCUUAUCUCUUAAUUACAUUCGCUGUAUUCCCUCUCAAGCAGUGGCUUUUACAACAUACGAACUUAUGAAGCAGUUUUUUCACCUCAACUGAAGAAAAUCGUGAUUUCUUUUCCUGAGUAAACUCUCACAGGGAGACAUAAAUGUUCUUUUAAUUUUGAGGGGAACAUUACUUGAAGGGGGCUAUUUGCCUAGUCACAGGAACCACUGGUAUUUUAGUACUUGAUUUUUUUAUUCAUAACAAAUCAAAAGUGCUUACCGUGCUUUUUGAUGCCAAAAGUUAUAACUGAGAACAUUGAAAAAAAUUCCUAAGCUGAUGCUGGCUAAUCAGUUAGGUUAUUUGAAACUGUUUUAAAAUGUUUUUUGGGAGUAGCACUAACUUAAAAUGGGAUUCAAGAGGUUGCCAUUAGGCUUUAUCAUGCUUUAAUUCCAAGCUUUAAGUAUAAUCAUGAUUUUCAAAGACUCUAACAUUGGUUAUUAUUAUUGUAAUAAACAGGCUUGGUUAUAUUGCAGCAGAAUGAUGAGAACUGAAUUUUUAUGUUUAUAAAAUGUAGCUUAGGGGGCACCUGGCUGGCUCAGCCAGAAGAGCAUGCGACUCUUAAUCUCGG